AUGAUUGAUCCUAAGGCAUUCAUGCCACAAUUGAAGGGCUAUCUCUCCGAUCCAAAUGCUUCAAUUCGAGCUAUGGUUAUUCAAGCAAUCCGUUAUACCUUAUCUGCUAGUUAUGACUCACUUGAUUCAGUGCUGAAGGUCCUGUUGAUUGAUAUGCUGAAGGUCAUGCUGACUGAUACUGAGUUGGAGAACCGUCGGUUGGCACUGACUACAUUGAACGCUGCUGCGCACAACAAAGCAGAUCUCAUCAACCCCAAUCUCAACCAGUUACUUCCAUUUGUUAUGAGUGAAUCAGUAAUAAAGGAAGAGUUGAUUCAUGAGGUAAUGAUGGGACCUUUCAAACACAAGGUUGAUGAUGGUCUAGAGGUCCGAAAGAGUGCAUAUGAAACGUUAUAUGCUCUUAUGGAGACCGCAUUCUCACGUAUAAACAUUCUUGAUUUUUACGAUCGUAUUAUCGCCGGUUUGAAAGAUGAGCACGACAUCCGAUCUCUUUGCAAUCUGAUGUUGAAUAAGUUGGUCAUCCUGGAUCCUGAUGAGACAGCUCGACGCCUCGACGCGAUUGCAGAUUGCUUCCGCGUUACUCUGUCGGUCAAAUUGAAGGAAUCAGCCGUCAAGCAAGAAAUCGAGAAACAGGAUGAUGCAGCCAAGAGUACCCUCCGCUCAACGCUGAAUCUGCAUGCUCGGAUUCCAUCAGCGAGCACAGGCAUGGGUGCGCAAAGCAGCCAACAUCAGACAUGGAGAACCUAUUUUGAAUGGGUAGAGAAGGAUUUCGAAGCGCAGUUGAAAACACUGAGAGAAGAGAAAAAAGAUUAAAUUCUGUUUGGCGGAGCGGAGGAGAUGUAAAUUUGACUAAUAAUGCUGAUGACAUGAAUGACGAUGAAGACGAAUGUGAUGAAGAUAGCGACGAAUGAUAUUGGCAUUGUUACGUAUAUGGUUUUACAAAAGUAAAGAGGCUUGCAUACAUGAUUUGCAAUGCAUACAAAGUGAGCGAACAUGAAGCAAAGGCGGUCGAUUUUAAAUAGUGGAGUUCAGUAUGAAUCCGUUCUCAAGCUAGAUAGCUACUUACGAAUC